AUGGAGUUUAAAGUUGAAAUGUUGCGAGUGUUUGAAAUGACAGACCUUGGCCUGAUGUCUUUCUUUUUAGGUAUGGAGGUAAAGCAAGAUCAUGGUGGAGUCUUCAUAUGCCAAAAAAAAUACGAAAGGGAAAUACUCAAAAAGUUUCGCAUGGAGGAUUGCAAAAGCAUUGCUACUCCAAUGAACCAAAGGGAAAAAAUCAGUAAAGAUGACAGGGCUGAUAAGGUAGAGGAGCAUCAGUUCAGAAGCCUAAUUGGUUGUUUAAUGUAUCUUACUGCAACCAGGUCCGACAUCAUGUUUGCAGUAAGUAUGCUCUCAAGAUUUAAGCGUUGUGCUAGUGAAAUGCAUCUUCAAGCUGUCAAAUGGAUUGUGAGAUAUGUCAAGGGGACCGUAGACUAUGGUGUCAAGUACACUCACUCUCAGAAUUUUCAGUUUCAUGGUUAUUCUGACAGUGAUUGGGGUGGUUCAAUUGAUGAUAUGAAAAGCACAACAUGUUAUUGUUUUAGUUUUGGUUCGGGUAUGUUUUCUUGGAGUUCAAAAAAGCAAGACAUAGUGGCUUAA